CUAGUGAAAUAUACCUAAUGAUUUUGUAAAUAUCACAGCAUGGACACAUCAAAUCCAUCAGGAAUGUAUGGUAUUUCUCACAGAAAUUCAGAUGAUUCUACAGGAAUAAAUAUUGUUAGGCUGACAGUAUUUCAAUCCAUAUAAUAUAUUCCUGUCAUCUCUACGAUCCACGCCACCGUUCUAACAGCUCAAAACGUUGAUUCCGACAGAAUUCCUAUGAAUCCCACAAUUCAAUCCGCUACUCUGGGAAGUACGCGCCAACGCGGUCAUUCGCGUUGGUUGUUGGAUACGGAUAAUAUGUGGAAUACGCCAUUUUUCUGUGCGAGUGCUGUGGUUGUGAUUGUGAAUUACUGCGUUACUUAAAAAAUAAUUAUGUCGACCUCAAGUGCCGCUAAUACUGACUAUAUAUAUAUGAUUCAGCCGCCUCAAAUCAAAGCCAAGAUGGGGAAGAUAGAAUAUAUACAUUGAUUGGUGAACCGACUGAUUCGAUGGCAGUAGCCGCCAGCGACGAUGAUGUCGCCGGCUAUUUAAGAGGAUGGGGUUUGGCCAAUUACAUCGAAACAUUCAGAACAAACCAUGUUAUCCUGCACAGCCUUCCAUUUCUCAAAGAUGAUGUGGUGAAAGAGCUUAUUUCCUAUAUAGGGCACAGAGCUCAGUUUCUGUCCCACUGGGCGAAAUGGAAGGCGUCAAUGCAUACUGCUCCUACAUAUUCACCAUCACCGAACAUGGAACCAUCCAAAAGUAUGGAAAACACUGAUGAACGCACCUCGGAACUCAUGCACCACGACUCUUCUCAUCAAGACACGAGAAAUGCUCUCCUCAAAUUAUUGAACGAAACAAAUGAUGAUGAAGCAUUGCUGGCCGAGGAAAAGACUAGGGGCUGUCUCUCCUCAAAGGGGCGAUCCACUUUGUGCAAGCUUAUUAUAAGAAGAGAACUGCAAGGUAACCCUACGGAAAGAAUAUCGGGGACAGACUUCUGGCCAUAAAUACCUAUCGUGGUUAAAAUAGUGGAAUUACGGUGUACGCCAGAAAUCAUUAUUUUAUGUUUUUCUUUCAUCACAUUCAUUCUAAACAAAUUAUUCAAUGUUUUUUCAAUAAACAAAUUUUAUUUUGGGACAUCUUGAAUAUCAUAUUUUUAUACCCAACCUAUAUUAGGAGUGAAUACUCUGUUCAAUGUGUAUUGAACUAUGGAAAUAUUACAUAUAAUAUUCUAUUGUAAUUGUCUACCUGAUGGGUUAUUCCUUUGUUUGUAUUCAUUUGCUGAUUUGGGAUUGUGAAAAUAUACUGUCUGUCUUGAUAUAAUAACGAGCACCCCUAGAGGUAAUUAGUCACUAAAAAUAUUGUUAGUCCUUUCGUGUGCUCCAAGAGAUAAAAAAAAGAAUAGCGAACCGUAUAGUGCCCUUUUUCACAGCUGUAGGUAUAUAUAUGAAUAUAUAAAGUUCGGUGUUAUUUGGCGAAUAAAUUCAAUUAGUGGCUGACUUUCCCUAGAACAAACUGUGAGACUGUUAGACUGUAA